AUGCGAGGCUUGGCGGCGCUGCGACCCGUGAGGCGACAUGCCAGGGACGGGAGAGGGCUGAUGGCUUGCUCUCACCUCCGCCUCGCAGUCUCCGCCCUCCUGUUUCUCCUGCUCGCCGUCGCCCUUCCUCUUCUCUGGGGAGGGACCAGCAGCCCCAGGCCUGCGCGGAGCCCUGGACCGCCCCGGUCUGAUUUUCCCGACUCCGGCGAACGCGGCGAGCACGUAGACGGAGGCGCAGACGGCGAGGACUGCAGAAAAAACAGACGCUCGCGCGACCCUACGGCAACGCCGGCGCCGUCUCGCUUUCUUCUGCCCUGCGCCGUCGCCCGACAGCCUCGUGCGGCGACGGCGGCUACUUGGUCGCUGUCUCCUUCAGCGUCCAGCGGUGAGGGGACUGUGCAGUGGCGGAAGCCACAAGGGAGAGCUGGGGAAGAAGGCAGCGGCGUAGAACAGGGCCUCCGAAGCGUCUCAAGAAGACGACAUGCGCCCUGCGCAGGUCGAGAGCGGAGGGAAGACCGCUGGGUCGACAGCACUCGUCGAGGCGCGGCAGGGGGAAGACCAGCAGAGACAAGGGAGAUCUGGCCUCUUUUCCGUCAGUUCAUUCCUGUUUUCGCCUCGGCGCUGACGCUGGAAGAGCCCUGGCGCGCGCGCGACUCAGGUUUGUCUGUCGGUUCCCUCGACCCUUCUCCCUCCCUCUCUUCGCUCUCCUUCUUCAAUCGAGACCUCCACAGGCGCGCCUCCGUGCCGACCAGAAGGCCCUUCUUUCCUCAAGAAGCUUCCGCUUUCCUGAAGCGCAGCCCCGAAACAGAGGACGCGCGCGCCAGCGAGGGUUUUGAGCUCACGCGAGGCAGGGGAGACGGGGUCGGCACACUGGCACCCGACACGCGAGAAGGACAGUUGAAAAACCGAGACCAGAAAGGCGGAAGAAUCGGCAAAACACGACGUGAAGAAGCCCUGGAGAAGCUAGGCGCUUCAGGCCUCACGCGCACACACGUGACGAAGCGUGAACAAGCAUCCGUGGCCAGCGGAGGCGACAGACGAGAGUUGAUCCUUUUCAAAAAUUUGUCUCCUCUCGCCUUUCUCUCCUCUGCUUGGUCUGUCUCUUCCGCCGCUUUUUUCGCGCUUUCCUCUUCCCCUUCGCCAUUCUCAUGCUCCGCGUCCGCUGCGCGUUCUUCGUCUUUCUCUCCGCUUUUGUCGCGGCGAUCCUUUGCUUUUCCGCGCUCGCCUCCUCUUUCGGCCGACUUCACUUCAUCGGAAACUGCUUCGCGUCGUCGUGUCUCGCAGCGCGCUUCUUCUCUUCUUUCCUCCUCGGCUUCGUUCCCUCCGUCCUCCUCCGCGUCUGCUCCCUCGCGCCCGUCAGUGUCGACUUCGCCGCAUUCGCCUCAAGUCCCUUAUGCGGGCCUUCCUUCUUCCUCGGCUUCUUCUCUCUUUUCGUCUGAGGAGAACGCAGCUCCAGACGCUUCGCCCGCGGACUUGCCGGCGGAGGAGAUAGUCCGCUUCCGCCGCAAGCUGGAGGAGCUGACUGGGCUCGAGUUCUCGCACGAGUUGAAGCGCCGCGGCAUCGCAGUGCCGGCUAAGGAGCCGCAGAAAGUCCUCGACGCCCUAGUCCGCGUCCUCCACAACGAGCUCCGCGACAUCGAUGCGAAGCAUCGACUCGAGGCGCGCCACGACGGCGAGGGCGAGGGCGAGGUGGACCUGGAAGGCGCGCCCGCCGCUCGCGGAGGGGAGGAAGCGACUCAGCCGCGACCACACUUGACGCAGAGCGAGGCAGCGAGGCGCGAGGCACUUUUGAGUGCCUUGCAGCGUAUGCCUCUAGAAGAGGCUGCUGGGCUCGUGAAGGCCCUCCAAGACGCGGAGCACAGGGAACGACGCCUCCGACGCGGCGCGGCUGCUUCUUCCGCCGCGGGCGGCGGCGCCCAGAGCGGGCAAGAAGCAGCCGCGCUGCGUGAGGCGGCAGGACGUGGAGCAGAGCACAAGGCGGCAACCGAAAGGCUUCGAGACAGUCCCGAGGCGCGCGAGCCGCUGGGAGAGAGAGGCAAAGACGACGCGACGGUUGCCGAGAAAGAGACGAGGCGACCGCGAAAGUCUGCGUUCGCGCACACGGCUGAGGCGGAGGAGGAGGACUACGGGAGCGACCCGAGUGGCGUUGAGCCGCCAGAAAUCCGCUUUUUCCCUGAGGCUGCCUCGGCCGAGUACUGGCGGCCCAAGCACGCGUGGCGGAGCGAGCUCUCGACUCUCGCGGACCAACUGGAGCUGCUGAGCGAGAAGAGCCCGUCUGAUCCUGCGAAGCUGCUUCUCGGCGAAGGAGCGCGCAGCCGAAAGACAGCCUUCUCAGACGCGGCGGCAGACGCGCGAGGUGGGGACGCCGGCAGCGAGCCGGGUGGGGCGAGUGUGAGGAGACACAAGGCCCGUGGACGCCGUGCGGCGGGCGAUGGCGCCGAUGCGGAGCGAGGCGAGCGGAGGGACGAGGCAGCUGUGUCUGAGGAGGAACCUCUCGCAGACUUUCUCCCUUCGUGCGAUGAUGGAGAGCCCGACGCGCUAGACGCGCUGGUGGAAGAACACGUCGAACGCGCGCCUAGGCUCGUCGCGGUCAAGGACUUGCUGCGCCGCGAACUCGUGACCCUUUCUCUCGUCGCCGCGCGACCUCCCGCUCCUGAGGCCGAGGAUGGACGCCCGUGUGUUGAAGGCGAAGAAGCUGACAGAGAGGAGGACGCGCGAGGUGCAGCGCAUGCGCAGAGCGGAUCCGCCGGGCGAAGAGGCGCCGGCAGCGGAGCGGACGCGCUGUGGGGGCCCCGUCUGGCGAGCCGAGACGAAGACGACGAGGAAGAAGACGAAGACGGUGAAGAGGACGUGGAUAGCAUGGAGGAGGGUUCGACGCACAAUUUGUGGCGCAGAAGAUACAAGGGAACCGACGAGGAGGACGAAGAAGAGGAGGAGGACGAAGAAGAGGAGGAGGACGACGAUCCCGACUCGCCGGCGCCGCAGCUCAUUCUGCCGAAAGGCUUCAACGCACUUUCAAAGGAGAAGCAGGAACGGCUGCUGCAGAUGCAAGGCAGCGCGGACUUCAGAAGAGAAAACAAGCGCGCGGCCCCCAAGAAGGCGACAGGAAAACAAACGGCGCCGGCAGAGGCAGGCGUCGAGCGACGUACUUACACGCAGGUACAGCAUGAAGACGAUCUGCGGAGAGAAGCAAUCCGCCUCUUUUGUGCCUCUCCCUCCCGCGCGAACCGCUCGCUCGCCUCCGCUUUGUCGUCUUCUGAGUCGCCUUCCUCCUCGCUGGGGCACCGCGCGAGAGGUUGCGGCGCAGAAGGCGGGCGACCGCGGCCGCCGGGCGACGCCGCAGAGACGCCUUCUUCGCCGCACUUCUCGGCUUACCUCGUAGCCUGGCAUGACAUCGUGGAGCGGCAGGACGCGAGCCAGAAGGCUGAGGAGAAAAUUGAGGAAGACGAGGAAGUCCGCAGAACUGGCAUGGUGCUGCUUCCCGAUGCCUUCGGCUGGAGCGACUUCUUCGUUCGCGGCGUCGCGGAUCGCCUGGCGGACUGUUGCAAAUGCGUCGUGCUCGUUCCCGACACUCGGACGCUUUCGAGUGCUUCGUCGGCGCCUCCCCCACCGCCCUUCUCCCCUCGUCUUUCUGCGUCGUCUCCUCCCUCUGGAGCCUCUGCGUGUCCUGCGCCUCACGCAGUGCGGCGCGACGAGCUCAUCCACUGUUCUCUGCGCUUCCUCAAAGCUGCGUUCGCACUCGACUCGGUGGCGCUUGUCGGGCUCGAAGCGACCGUGGAACCGCGAGAUCUCGCGCAGCUGGUCGCCACGCCUCCUCCGGACCCCCACGCGUCUCCGCGUGCGCAUUCGGCUGCCGCCGCGGCCGUGUCGCCGGCGCCCGCGCCCGCCGCAUGCCCUCCGCCUCUGCCUUCGUUCCUCACAGGCGAGAUGACGCUUCCUGAUGCGGUCGUCGCCUUCUACCCGAAAGGCUUCCGCCCGCAGUUUGUCGGCGCGCACAUGGAAGCCCCCACGCUCGGGAUCUUUGCGGAGCCGCGCAGGCGCAGGCAGGCCGCCAGACGAGAGCCUGCGAGGGCUGGGGGGGGGAUCGGUGCCGCAGGGGAGGAGGACGCGGAACGCAACGCACAGGUGAGGACGCCUGUCGAUCUUGCACCACGCGGAUUCGAGGCUGGCGACAAGGGCGAACGCGAACAGCGAGAGCAGGCGGUCGCGGCGGGAACGCAGCAGACCGGAGAAGUCGAGAGCGCGUGGGAGGGUCGCGCGGGCGCACAGGCACUCGAGAAGGCGUUCCGCGAGUUUGAUCGAGACUUCCAGAGAGACUUCAUGAUGCACGUCGUCGACGGCGUCUCGUCGGGCUUCGCGCACCGGUUCUGGAACGCCGCGACGAAAAAAGUUGAGAAGAACAGAGAGGCAGCAGAAGACGCGCUUCUCAUCGCGACCUCGUGGCUGGAUAUCUGGCAGUCGCCGAUGUCUGAGCCGCCGCGCUUCAACGUGAUCAACGACUUGACCGAUUUCCCACAAACCUUCAAAGACUUCCGCCCGCGACGCUAA